CAUAACAAACAGUUCGCUAUGCAGUUUGUUUUGUUGUAACGUUUAGGAAUACGACCAAAGUGACUAAAUUAGCGGAUUAGCGACAAAGCUGUUACGAUUUUCGUGCAAUUACGCGUUUGUUUUGUAAUGCAUACAACCAUUGGUAAUUUCAAUCAGUUCACGAGUGCUAAAAAACAAGGUGUGGUUUUCGGGGUGUAGAAAGAAGGGAAUAGUGCUCGAUGAUUAAUAGUGAUAACAACGAGCAGGGAACUUUGGUUCGUCCGACAAAGAAAUUGACUAAUUGGUUACGGAUAACAAUGAAAACGAUCAAGUGUUUAUUCUAUUUGCUGCUGUUGAUAGUCUUCAUUCUGUUCAGUUUUAUAACGCGUGUACUUUUCAUAUAAAUAUCAGGAGAGGGUGGACACUCUGGUCAACAACGCGUGAAACAUUCUCUAACCAUUUACGCACAUACACACCUAACAUCUGAUUCUAACUGACAGCGAGUUUCAUUGAACUGAAUAACUUUUCGUCUCUCUUGGAAAGCAUAGUGCAGAGCGUUGGAUAAACAGUGAGAUAUGCUACAUCCCAUAGGUUAUGGAAAGAUCCCGAUUCCCGAUAACUCAUCCGUACAUGCAUUUGGUGAAGGAAGCGCCCGCGCUUCUUCGCCAUAGUAAUGGCUGAGGAUGAUAUCAGAUCAACAGUGCACGCGAUGUUGCAGUAUCAUCAACCUUAUCAACAGCAGCACCAGCAGCAGUAUAUGCAAAUACCACCACAUCCCCAAGGGUUCGGCGGUGGCUCGCCAACGGUUCACGGUAAUCUUGGACUCACGCGCACCCAAUCCCAUACGGUUAAUUUGCUAAGUGAAGAUUUCAUCGCUGGCUACAUGGAUGAAGGACGAAUGUCAGUUGUGCGGAGGUUUUUUUGCCUGUUCGUAACUUUCGAUGUGGUGUUCAUCUCGUUGCUGUGGAUCAUCUGCGUCAUGAUCACGGGGGAUAACAUAAUGCAUGCUCUGCAAACCCAAGUCCUCCACUAUACCAUCUACACCUCGUUAUUCGACAUCGUUGUGUCAGCCUUGCUAAGGUUCAUAUUUCUACUACUAUUCUACGGAUUAUGUCACAUGAAUCACUGGUUUGUGAUCGCGUUUUCUACCACCGGCUCGUGUGCUUUUUUAAUCUACAAAGUGUUUGUAUACAAUUGGACAGCGACCCCACAGCCCGUUUUCGAAGUUUUGCUGAUUGUAGUGUCUUUUGUACUAGCGUGGGGUGAAGCAUGGUUCCUUGAUUGUCGUGUGUUUCCUCAGGAGCAGUAUGCUAGAAACUAUUAUUUUGCUCUCACGAAUCCAGCCGCAGGAGCGCAAACACCACUGUUGGCACCAUUCUUGAAUGCGACAAUAUCUCGGCGAACGGAAAGCGAGCGGAACUUUUACUCCCCCUACGAGUCGAUUCACAACAGCGAUGAUGAGGAAGAUGAACAGGAGGAAGAAUUCAAGAAAAUGGGCAUAGAAUGCGUUCGCAACGCGUAUAAUUUGCUAGAGACAACCGAUUGGAAACCGGAGAAAAUCACUUCCAAGGGAGACACUAUCCAAAGCUAUACUCAGGAUAAACUUGGUAAAAUCUAUAAGUUAACGGGGAAGGUACACUAUCCGGCCAAAAAGUUGCUUCAGGAGUUGUACUACAAGAUUGAAGAUGUUCCAAAUUGGAACCCCACACUUCUGGAGUCGAAAAUCAUCCGGAAAAUCGAUAGUCACACGGAUAUCACGUAUCAGGCGACAAUUGGCGGGGGCGGUGGGGUGGUAAAAAGCCGCGAUUUCGUCAAUCUGAGAUGCUGGCAGUUGUGUCGCGAUGGCCGGGUAAUCGAGGGAGUAGAUUUGCAUCCAAUGGUUCCCCAGCCAGUCACUCUAUCUCCCGUAACGGAAGAAUCCUCCAAUGAUAAUCAAGAUGGUGCUGACAGCGAUGAUGAAUGUAUUCUCCAGGAAUCAUCGCCAAAAUUAACUAAGUCGUGUAGUGAAUUUAAGCUAGAAAAUGAACAUGGUAAUAGUAGUGGAGAGCAGACAAUGAAAACAGCUUUUGCGACGCUCAGCAAGAGCCUCGGUGCGCAAGACUUCCAAAAUGCCGGCUGCGGUGCUAAUUCCGAUCCGGAAGAUGUGUUCUCGGAUGCGCUUUCUGAGCAUCAUGAUCGCGCAAAGGAAUCCGAGCAGGCGGUUCAAAAGCGAGAGCGAGAAAAGAAGGAUGAGAUUGUUAAGGGAGCGAAUGUGUAUGUUAGCGCUGCAGUUAGUAUCAAUUAUCUCGGUGCACCGGCCACGACUAAAUAUAUAAGAGGUGAAAACAAAGUCUCCUGCUGGGCAAUGCGUGAAAUUGAAGAUCAAAAAGAUUACUGUAUUUUUGAGUGGCUGCUUUGUUUGGACUUGAAAGGAUAUAUUCCACGUUAUGUGCUUGAUACUGCCUACACAUCUCUAAUGCAAGAUUACAUGACCCAUCUCCGUCGUUACGUGGCCGAACUACGAAAACAAGAGAAAGUGCCUCCGAAAAACGUCUUGUCAUCCUCCGCAUCCGUCGCCACUUCCCAUUGAGAGGGCGUAUGUGUUUCCUAUUUUAUUUAGUCACCACCAAAUACUAUACUCAUAUUUUACCAAGCUACCGUGCGCCUUGAAUGAGACUGGACAUUUCUAUAUGAUUCAAAAUAUCGUUUAAGGUUUAUUGGAAUAAUAUGUUUUUUUGUGGCAAAACUGCUGAAAUCUAUACUAAAGUUAAUUCAAGAGAGAACAAAUCCUAUGGCAGAGAAAUGAUGAUUUAACGGUGUCGUAUCGCUAUGCUGCAAACUGGGAAUGAUAGACCACGACUCCAGCAUGAUGAAUAAAAUUGAA